UCUAUGUGUAGAUCUUGCUCUUUUCUGCCCCAUCCCGGGUAGGGAGGAAGCCGAGGGAAUUGGUUCUCCCUCCCGCGGUGGUUAUUCCUGCUGUUGUUAUGGGGGGUGGCGGGAGUAGCCAUGGCAAUAGGAAGGUCUCCUUCGAGAUGGAUGAGCAGGAGCGAGUGCGAGUCCUGCAGGGCAUCCGGCUUUCUGAAGAUGUGGUGAAACGAAUGAAGGAACCUUUCCAACCUAAAAGGGAUCAGCGAUCACCGUCCUUGUCUCCGCAUCCUUUGUCACAAUCUACAGAAGGGAAAUGUAAAACGUCUACAGAGAUCCAUCCACCAACAGCUGACAACUUGGGCCGAAAACCCUCUGAAGCAGAGGAGGAUCUGUACAAGAGGUAUGAGCAAGAACAGGCAAUGGUUCAAGAGGAGCUACUCCGACUGGCCAAAAGAGAGCGGGAGGCAGCCAACGAGAGUCUGAAUGUGAGCCUCCAGCGGGAGAAAAAUACCACCAAUGAAGAGAAGCUGAAAGCAGCCCAGCUGCCUGUGGAUUUGGAUGCCUGGUCCCAGGAACUAGAGUGGAAGGAUGAAAAACUGAAGAGGAGAGGCAACUUCUAUAAGGAGCAGUUGGCCCACAUUGAGAAGAAGAAUUCUGAAAUCUACAAGAUGACCUUGGAUCAAUACAAUGAGGCAGUUACCAAUGCAGAAGAUCAGAUCAGGCGGAGAAACACACAACCUAUAUGUGCAAACCUUCAGGCAGCAAUCCUGACAUGCUACGGCGAAAACAAACACCAAGCCCUCAACUGUUCAGAGUUGGUCAAGGAGUAUCAGCGUUGUGUUAGGCUAGCACAAAAGGAACUGUUGGUCCACUUCGAUUAAAGCCCAGCUGCUGGCAAAGUGCAGAAAGCAGGGGACCACAGAAGCUCUUAGAAGCCCAGCAUUCUUUCGGAUUCAUGCUGAUGCAAAUGAGUGCCUUCUGUCCAUGGUGGUCACAAAAUCACCAUGAAUCCAUAUCCAGAUGCCUGCAUGUAUCAGUCUUAAUUGAUGGUUUUGGACUUGAGGGGGAAGGACCCUGCAUUUGGAGGAAAAGUUAUGCUCUGUGUAAUGUAUAUUGCCGCCAUCAUUAUCUCUCUUCCACUGAGAGAAGAAUUCUCAUGAAUAGAUCUUGUUUCCGAUGGGUGACAUGAGUGAUAAGCCUCCAUUUUUUAUAUAUAUUUAAAAUCCUGUUAAGUUUUUUGUUUCACUGUUACUCUGUAUUUCAUAAGAUGUUGCCUUUGUCCUUCAGAACAAGUAAUCUAGGGAAAUGCCAGAGCCUGCUUAUAUUGAGUUAAUACUGAUUCAAGCAGGUGUGAUUGUGUGUUUGACACUAACAGAGACAUUCCUGCCUUCACCUCUCAAGCUUCCUCCUAAGAACAAUAAAAAUGUGUUUAAUGGC